GCGCGCGGGUCACGUGUCGGGGGCGGAGCCUGCGCGGGGUUGGGCGGAGCCUGCGCGGGGCCGGCAGGAUCGCGUCAGGAGCCGGUACCGAGGCCCGAGCCGCGGGGGCCGAGCGAAGGCACCGCCGAGUCCGCAGUUCCCCCCUGGGCCUCCCCAGCAGCAGCCAUGGGCAUCAAAUUUUUAGAAGUUAUCAAACCAUUCUGUGCAGUUCUACCAGAAAUUCAGAAACCGGAAAGGAAAAUCCAGUUUAGAGAGAAGGUUCUAUGGACUGCUAUAACGCUCUUCAUUUUCUUAGUAUGUUGUCAGAUCCCUCUGUUUGGAAUCAUGUCAUCAGAUUCUGCAGAUCCUUUCUACUGGAUGAGAGUUAUUCUGGCUUCCAAUAGAGGAACUUUAAUGGAAUUGGGUAUCUCCCCAAUUGUAACAUCUGGUUUGAUUAUGCAGUUGUUAGCUGGAGCCAAAAUCAUUGAAGUGGGAGAUACACCGAAAGAUAGAGCUUUAUUCAAUGGAGCCCAGAAACUGUUUGGUAUGAUCAUUACCAUCGGGCAAGCCAUUGUGUAUGUCAUGACGGGGAUGUACGGGGACCCUGCGGAAAUGGGUGCCGGGAUCUGUCUCCUUAUCAUUAUUCAGUUGUUUGUUGCUGGUUUGAUUGUGCUGCUGUUAGAUGAGCUGCUACAGAAGGGUUACGGCUUGGGGUCUGGGAUUUCCCUCUUUAUUGCCACCAACAUCUGUGAGACCAUUGUCUGGAAGGCCUUUAGUCCCACUACCAUUAACACUGGCAGAGGUACUGAGUUCGAGGGCGCAGUCAUAGCUCUGUUCCAUUUGUUGGCCACCAGGACAGACAAAGUCCGAGCUUUACGGGAGGCUUUUUAUCGGCAGAACUUACCCAAUCUCAUGAACCUCAUUGCUACAGUUUUUGUGUUUGCUGUUGUUAUAUAUUUCCAAGGAUUUCGCGUUGACUUGCCCAUUAAAUCGGCCCGCUACCGAGGACAGUACAGCAGCUACCCCAUCAAACUCUUCUACACCUCCAACAUCCCCAUCAUCCUCCAGUCGGCCUUGGUGUCAAACCUGUAUGUUAUUUCCCAGAUGCUGUCUGUUCGAUUUAGUGGCAACUUUUUAGUAAAUUUACUAGGACAGUGGGCCGAUGUCAGUGGGGGAGGACCCGCACGUUCUUAUCCAGUUGGAGGCCUGUGUUACUAUCUUUCUCCUCCCGAGUCCAUGGGUGCCAUCUUUGAGGAUCCCGUCCAUGUCGUUGUUUAUAUCAUCUUCAUGUUGGGAUCAUGCGCAUUCUUCUCUAAGACAUGGAUUGAAGUGUCUGGCUCCUCAGCCAAAGAUGUAGCUAAACAGCUGAAAGAACAGCAGAUGGUAAUGAGGGGUCACCGAGAUACCUCUAUGGUUCACGAGCUUAAUAGGUACAUCCCCACCGCGGCUGCAUUUGGCGGUUUGUGCAUCGGCGCCCUGUCGGUGCUGGCCGACUUCCUGGGGGCCAUUGGGUCCGGCACUGGAAUCCUGCUGGCAGUCACUAUUAUUUAUCAGUAUUUUGAAAUCUUUGUGAAAGAACAGGCCGAAGUUGGUGGCAUGGGUGCUUUGUUUUUCUGAAUGUUCAAAGACUUCAUUCUGUGCGCGUGAAAGGGAGAAUAGCUGGAUGGAUCGCUUUUGUCAGAUGACACUGGUGAUUCCCCUUUUCUCCCCUCAGUUUCUUGUUUCAGUGCUAACUGACCCGUCUCUGAAAUGGGCACCGAGGAGCUAAGUCUGUGUGCAGCAUUAGUACCCGCUGCCUUAAAACUCAAGUUUACAUUAUUCAUUAAAAAAAGUACAUCUAGUGUUGCCUGUAAUGCUGGAAACCAAUGUAUCUACCUUGCUGUGUUAAAUCAUGACAGUGAGAUGGUGACAUGGAUUCGUUUUGCACAUAACAUUCAAAACACUUAAUAUUGCCCCCACUUGUUUAAAAAUAAAUGUAGUUCAAAUUGCCACUUUCCAGUAUUUUUGAGCUUAUUUAAUGAGUUCUGGAAUAUUUAUAUCUAAUCUAUAUUUUAGAUAAUUACUUUUUAUACUUUUUUAACUCAUGGUAUCCCUACUCCCCACCCCACCUCAUUUUUAUUUGUCCCUUCUCAAAGCAGCCACUUAGCCCACAUGGCAAAAUCAAGUCUCCAGUUAUUUCUGUCACUAGAAACAACAGCUUCUAAGGCCUCCUCCGCCUCCUCCUCCCUUCCUAGUGACAGUAUCAUCGUGCUGUUUGCCUGUAUUGGCUAUGCCUUCUAACUCUACCAGUCACUUGAGAAUACUCUUUCAGGAUUCUAGGCCCUGAUUCUUUUCUGUUUAAAUCCCUAAAGCAAAGACCUAAUUCUCAAGCAAUGUCUGUAGUUAGUGGGGGUGAACAAUGAGUAAUUCAUGCUAGGAAUUUGUGUCUGUUGUUGUACUCACAGCAGCAACAUGAGUGUAAACAGUAGACAAUAAAUUUUAUUUAAGAAAACUGAUUCAGUUGUGUUGGAAAAAAAAUAAAUCUGAUAUUAAA